AGACAGUCAACAGAGCAAGCUCGGAGGAAAACGAUGUCUCGAGCUCAUGAUAAGGUCUUGGAGUACAUGCUAAUACUAAUGGAUUUAGGUGGUGCUCGGGGUUUUGUGUAUGGUAUUAUCCCAGAAAAAGGAAAGCCUGUAAGUGGCGCCUCCGAUAAUCUAAGGGGUUGGUGGAAGGAGAACGUGCGAUUUGAUCACAAUGGCCCAUUGGCGGUUGAGAGUUAUCGACUCAAACAUAACAUUCCAUCGCAUGGGACAAAUACCUCGGUCUCGAUUCCACAACUACUGAUGGGUUUCCAGGAUUCAACUCUAGGAUCUCUACUGUCUUCCUUGAUGCAGCAAUGCGAGCCUCCUCAAAGGAGGUUCCCCUUGGACCGACGAGUUUCGCCGCCAUGGUGGCCAACCAUGGAGGAGGACUGGUGGCCCCAGCUCGGGUUGUCCAGGGACCACGGGCCUGUGCCAUACAGGAAGCCACAUGACCUCAAAAAAGCCUGGAAGGUUAGUGUCCUUAUUGCAGUCAUCAAGAAUAUCUCCCCGGAUUUUGAUCACAUUCAGAGGACCGUGCAGAAUUCGAGAUGUCUCCAAGACAAAAUGUCUGCAAAGGAGAGAACACUUUGGUCUUCUGUGCUCCAUCAGGAGAUAAAGUCAUACAUGGAGCUCCACCCUGAUGCUCCUCAACUGACUCUCCACAAGGAGGCCGCGACUUCUAGCAGCAGCUCCACUAAAUACGAUGUUGACAUUGAGGAUGAUGCUUUUUAUGCUGGUGUUGAAGAUGACAGACUUGUUGAUCCUAAUGAUGACAGGAAGGAGGGGCUGAUAGCUUUGCCUCCAAAUAAUAAUAAGCUGCAGCAGGGUUCUCAGGAGAGGGUGGCAGCUGAGGAGUUGCGGCAGAUACCGAGCAAGAACAGUUCUGUAUGGAAAAAUCCUCUUCACUCAGUUGUAUUUGUGGAUCAGAACCCUGCUGUAGAUCAGAAUUCUCUCCAGCAGCCACUGAUCGAAGAUUCCAAUCCUGCACAGCAGCAACCAACUGUAUAUCUGAAUGCCCUUCUACAGACACCAAGUGUUGGUCCAAACUGUCUUUUUCCAAUGUCUGGCGUGGAACAAAGUCAUCUUCAGCAACCAGCUUUCAAUCCAAAUGCCCCUCUACAGACACCAAAUGUUGGUCCAAAUUGUCUGCUGCCAACGCCUAGUAUGGGACAAAAUUGUCUUCAGCAACCAGCUGCUGCGGAUCUGUACCAUUUUUUGCAGAAACCUACAAUUGAUAUAAAUUCUUCUUAUGACCAUGCUGGGAAAGAUAUCAAAGCAGUACAGCCUCCUUGGUACUUUCAUGCUCAAACUAUUUCUUCUGAACUAGCAUUCAAGAACCACAGCAGUGGUUUUGAUAGUGACUUGAUAUAUGAUUCUCCUUUCAAUUUUACCAACUUAGGGGGCACACUGAUAAGGAAGGAUGAUUCUUCCUGGUUCUUUUGA